AUGUCCUUGCGAAAGCUCGCGGCGGAGACGAGGGGCCUCGAGUCCCUGCGGAUGUGGGGUAAGGUGCUGGGCACCUGUGGAGACUACUACGUGGCGGAGGGGCAGCUGACGGCUUUGGCCACUCCUCCCGCGCUCCCCGGCAGCCCCGAUGAUGACGUGGAGCCCCGGGGCCAAGGCGCGAACCGCUGCGUCUACUGGAUCACCUCCGGUGGCUUCGAGCCCUGGAAGCGGCUGCCCCAUGCCCGGGCCAGCCACGUCCAGGCCGCCCGGAGCAUCAAGCACAUGCUCAGCGGGGAGCUCUCCAAAGACGUGGUCUCGACUCCCUGGUUCCCAGGCCGGGAGGAGCAGCUCCUGCGCGCCCAGAUCGCCCGCAUCUCCUCCACCUGUACUCUCGCGCCCAGGGGCUGGUACGAGGUGGACGAAGAGGCCGCGGUGAAGAACACGCUGCGCGUGGUGGAGGGUGCCUCUGAGUCUUUCCCAGCUCCCGAGGAGCUGGCGACCCAGGGUGGCUGGGUGCAUGCAGCUCCGUUCCUGCUCUCCACGGGGAAGAGUGGAUGGCCGGACUUGGAGGCCCUCGAGGGCAAGAUCUCAGAGGAGAAGGCGGCAGAGAUCUCGGCGCAGGCGGAGAAUGAGCCCGAGAAGCCGCUACUGGAGGGGAUCGAGGCUGACCUGGAGGAAUUGAAGCCGGAGGAUGCCGAGACGGGCCCGGCUUGGAGCAUCAAGACCUACGGCGACGAGGGAGUCUAUGCCUCCGGGGACGGCACCAAGACACUGCGCGUGUCGGCGCUGCGCUCCAUGAUUUGGCCAGGUGCCAUCACCGUGGUCAAAGGCACCCGCUUCGCCAACCUCUAUGUCGGCUACGGCAUGAAGUGCGGCACUUUGGUCGGCCCGGAGAAGGAGAGCGGCCUGCCUUUGCGGGGCACGCUGCCGCUGAUGACAGCACCAGAGGACAUCAUGGAGGAGCCCGCAGACUUGGAGGAGCACGAGGAGCCGAACCCCAUCCAAGACGAGGCCGAGAGCGACAAGGGCGAUGUGGACGAGGAUCCGGAUGCAUGA